UGCGCUGCCCGGCGAGGGGGCCACCCGGAGGCCCGGCUGGGGUGAGGGCCACGGUGGGGAGGGCGCUGGCCUCGUUUCGGGGGGGAGCGGCCCCAGAGGCGGGCGGGACGCCGCGGAGCCCGGCCGGCCUGCAGCCCCUCCGCUGCCGCGCUCCCUCCCGCAGGCAGCGAAGCCCGAGCUGCCCGGACGGCGACGCUGCGUGCUCGCCGUUCUGCUCUGGCCCGUUGUUUCCUUGGUUCGUCCUCUGUGCAAAAGUGCAUCAUGGAGAUCGAUGAGCAGUUAAAUGAAAAUCUGAAAAUGCAGUUCAGGGCCCUGCAGGAGCAGCAGCAGAAGAGGAUGCUGGAUCUGAUGGAGAAGAAGAAGGCGAAGCAGCAGAGCCUGCAAACGAGCAAGGACGGCCAGAACGAAGCCUUCGGGGUCCAGGAUGACCUCAACUUGACCGCCCUGGAGAUGGAGAUCUCGAAGGAAGACAGCCCUGAGAUGUCAAAGGAGGCCAUCAGCAAAAGGUUGCUUGAAGACGAGAAUGAGCAGCUCCAGAACCAGCUUCGAGAGACAGUAGAUGAAAAUGGCAGGCUGUACAAACUGCUGAAGGAACGAGACUUUGAAAUCAAGCAACUUCAGAAGAAAAUAGAGGAGGAAAGACUGGCUCUGAUGGGGACACCUGGCCUAGCAGGAGAUGCUGCAGCCACUAAAAUUGUUGAACUGGCUAAACAACACCGACAUAUGACCGCUGAGAUUGAAAGGGGGAAAACCAAAGUCAAACAGCUGAACAACAGAAUCAAAGAACUGGAAAAAGAAUUACAAAUAUCAACUAUUAAGCUCCAGUCAUUUGGAGACAAAAACAUUCAACCUGCUUAUAAAACUGCAGAAGUGCCUUUGAGUCCAGAGAUUAAAGCUUUGCAAGACAAGUUAACCGCAACCAGCCUCAAACUCUCCGAGUGUCGCAACCAGCUCCAGACCACAAAGCAGGAGCUGAAGAUGACACAGAAGCUUCUAGCAAGCGAGGCUGGAGAAGACGUCAGCGUUCAGAGUUUGCUGUCCAGCCCUGGCAGCUGGCGUGGGCGAGCGCAGCAGAUCCUUGUCCUCCAAGGCAGAGUUCGGGAGCUGGAGAACCAGCUGGGGCACAGCAAAAGCAGGACGUCUCAGGGCAGCGGUGACGAAGAAGCGCUGAGCUUUACAGACUCGAGAAAGAAAUCUGCCCAAGAGAAGAACCUGCAGCGGAUUCGGAGUUUGGAAAAAGAAAAGAAAGAAGCGCUGGAGAAACUUACAGGUGAAUAUAGUGCACUCCAGAAGGAGCACGAGGAGGUGAAAAGGAAGUUGGAAGGGUCCAAAGCCAGGAGCAAAGUGUUGUCCAGUGAGGUGAAAACCCUGAAGGAGCAGAUCUCAACGCUGCUGGACAAAGGAAAGCACGAUGACGAGCUCAUUGAUGCUUUACUGAGCCAGCAGAAGGAAAUGCAAGUUAUCCUAAAGAACCUGAGCCAGCAAGAAGAACGGAGCAAGGAGCACCGGCAGAGCCUGGGGAAGGAGCUGCAGGUCGAGGCGCAGAAGCAGAACUGCCUCAUCGGGCAGCUCAAGCAGAUGGUGGCUGAACGAGAAGCCAAGGUGAAGGAGCUGGAGGAGACGGUCAGGCAGCUCGCCUCACAGCAACACCUUCAUCAAACAGAGGAGCGCAACUCUGAUUCCACUUCCACACUGUCUGCAGAGUCUCUGGAAGAAGAGAAUUAUACUGCAGUGCCCAGAAAGGAUGGUCUUACUGGAACGGACAGCUCUGCACGGACAGUGUCUAAGAUGGGACACACCCUCGUGGCCUCCGCAGCCACUUCAUCUCCAGGCACCGUUUCCCACGGGAGGACCGACAAGCCUGAUGACCGGGACACGGAACUGCUUUUGAUCCAGAUCACAGAGUGCAAGACUCUUUGCCAGGCAGCCGAGGCAGAGCGGGACGGGCUGCGCGAGCUGGUCAACACCCUGCAGAAAAGGUUGGAUGACAGCACCAUCAAGGUUUGGGAAGCAGAGAAGAAGUUCCAAGAGCAGCAGCACCGGUGUGCCGUUCUGGAGCAGCACUUUGAAAAAAUGAAGUCGGACGCGGGGAAGAACAGUGGCACACAAAGGUCCCGCUCAAAGGGCGGUGCAGCUCAGCCGCACGGCAGCACCCGGCUCAGCUGGACUGCAGGCAACAGGAAGGAUCUCUCACCGGCGCAGCUCUCGGAGGUGCCCCUGGAGGCCCAGGUAGAAGAACUGUCCACAAGGCUUGAAAUCCAGAUGGAGGAGAACGAAGGCUUGAAGAACGCUUUGCAGGAGGCCAUGAAGAGCAAAGAGGAAGACUUCCGGGCGUACCAGGAGACGGUGGACCAGGUGAAGCAGAUCUUCCUAAAAGCUCUGAGACAGCAGAAGCAGGACAAGAACUAAGUCAGGGCCAUCCAGAGUGCCCUGUGGAGGGAGGGGUUUAUCAGCGGGUCCCAGUGGGCCUGGGGUCUCACUGUGACACAUGCCGGGUUUGCCAGCCAAACUGUAUUUAUUCAAACGCUCGCAGAAGGGAGUGAGAAACAGAACUGCUCUUGAAGAUGGUGUUGCUGUGCGAAACUUGCCCGCCAGAGAAACACAAGCAGUCAGCGCCUCACAUCCGUGAUGGUGUACGUGUGACUGUGUUUGGUGGAACUCUGGGCUUGCACUCGUUUUCGAACAAAAUAUUUGCCUGCGUAGAAGGAGCUGGGCCAACUUUCCACACCUGCCAUGCUGCUAUUUUAUAUUUGUAAAUACAAGACAUUUUGGGUCACUUUCUGCAGAACCACGACAAGAUAAAGGAUAGCUUAUUUUCUGAAGUAGCACAGCAUUCUGGUAUUUCUGCUCCGCUAAGUUAGAGAGGAGGCAAGGAAGCCCUGAGCUUCACAGUGCUUCAGUCUGGUGCUGCCUCUGACUAGAGACAUCUGAGAUAACGUCACACGUGCAGCCCCCCCACCCCCCGCAAACUGCUGUCCUGCCACAUUAGCUGCUAUUCUUUAAAAUUGGACUUGACCCUCACUCUGCACAUGCUCUCAGUGGGCUUUUCUUGGUCUCGUCUUUUCCUUAUAAAAUUUCUGCCCCGGCAUCUUUAUUCUCACCUUGAAGAGAGUACAGAUGUCCCAGUGCAGCCAUUCACAAGUGUCCUUUCGAUGCCUUGGACUACACCCUCCAGCAUCCCCAGGCCGUAUGCAAAGUGUCUGAACAUAUGAAGCAUCUUCUUCACGCUACUGGACAAGUUUUCUCUUCCCUUCCCACCGGUGCAAAGGAAAAUGUGGCCACUUCCACCUGUGUUAACACAACUGUGCUAGCUCAUAACCGUGAGUCAGCACCACUCCUUGGGAUCAAAUUGCACCCGUUCGUUUCAGCACCGGAACUUGACAAGGCAGCCUAGUUCCCAGCUUCUCCUUGAUCCCAACCAUUUGCACCAGCCAUUUCCAAAAGGAACACGGGAAGCCGGCACCCGUGGCCACUGGGCCAUACGGGGCUACUUUACCGCCUUUCCAAAUCCCGGCCUUGCCCUGAGCCACCCCAGAAGGCAGCCUCCCUUUAACCUUGUCUCCACUCAAGGAGACAGAGAUCCGCCUGGAGCCCUUCCUGCUGGUGGGAAACCGCCAUUUCCCACCCCUAGUGGCAAGGACUCUCAUCUGUGGCUGUCCUCAUUCUCGGGAACCGGCAACGACAACUGUCAUUGACAAACGAGGUGACGGGAAGACUCCACCUUCCUCCUCCGCAGCUGCAAAACUCCACGACAUCCUGUAGCAGAAUUCGGGCGGCGCAUUCUGCACCUUGUGUUUCUGCGCCAACAGAGGAGAGCCAAAUGGAAAACUGCAGCAAGGGUCGUCGGACUCUAAAUUAAGCUACCAGAAGGCCAGGAGGCAGAUAGUGUUUCUCUCGCCUUCCCCUCUUGCUAUGACAGCACGGGGCACCUUCCUCAUGGAUCCCACAUCUCUCCCAAGCAUCUGCUUAGGUGAAAUCCACUCCAGCAUUUGGCUGAUGGAAAUAAACAGUGCUUAAUGACCCGGGAA